UCCGCCGCGCCUCCCGCCUUUCUAGUCUCAGACCCUCGGCUGGUCCGGCGGGCGCUCUACCUGCGCGCCUUGGCGGGGGCCGCCCACCCUGUCCGGUUCUGCGCCGGCGCGGGGACCGCCAGGGCGCGCGGGGGAGCCGCGAGGCGCAUGCGCAGUGCACGGCCCGCCGCUCCGCUGUCCCUGCCUGCCUCAGCCGCCGCCGUUGCCGCCUCCCAACCGGCAAGUGCGGGAAGGAGCAGUCGAGGGUCGCUGCCGCCGCCGUUACCAUGGGGAGAAAGUCCAGCAAGGCAAAGGAGAAGAAGCAGAAGCGGCUGGAGGAGCGAGCGGCCAUGGAUGCUGUCUGCGCCAAAGUGGACGCUGCCAACAGGCUUGGAGACCCUCUGGAGGCGUUCCCAGUAUUCAAGAAGUACGACAGAAAUGGGUUGAAUGUCUCCAUUGAAUGUAAGCGAGUGUCUGGACUGGAGCCAGCCACUGUGGAUUGGGCCUUCGACCUGACCAAAACCAAUAUGCAGACCAUGUAUGAGCAGAGUGAGUGGGGAUGGAAGGACCGAGAGAAACGAGAAGAAAUGAUGGAUGACCGAGCCUGGUACCUCAUUGCUUGGGAAGACAGUUCCAUCCCGGUCGCCUUUUCCCACUUCCGGUUUGACGUGGAGUGUGGGGAUGAAGUCCUAUACUGCUAUGAAGUACAGUUGGAAAACAAGGUGCGGCGGAAAGGCCUGGGCAAGUUCCUCAUUCAGAUCCUGCAGCUGAUGGCCAACAGCACACAGAUGAAGAAGGUGAUGUUAACCGUAUUUAAACACAAUCAUGGCGCUUACCAGUUCUUCCGAGAAGCUCUGCAAUUUGAAAUUGAUGACUCUUCCCCCAGCAUGUCUGGUUGCUGUGGGGAGGACUGCUCCUACGAGAUCCUGAGCCGGAGGACCAAGUUUGGGGACAGCCAGCACGCGCACACAGGCGGGCACUGUGGUGGCUGCUGCCACUGAACUCUCAGAACCACCUGCAAGCUAAAGCACUCUCCUCAGGCCUGUCCUCUCCCUUGGUCUUAUACCACUUGCCAGGUGCACCCAGAGCUGUGGGCUCCUCAGCCCUGUAUAUGCCAGGCACACCUGAGAGCACAGAACCCUGGGGAGCAGUGGUCUCAGCUACUGUUCACCUCUUGCUAGAAGCGCAGAGUGCCAGGGGGACACAGGAGAGGAGACUGACAGGACAGCCACCAAGCCCGUCCUCACACAGCAGCUGCCUCCUCACUAGGCUUUUGGGCCCUGGAAUGGAAGUUUCCCCACUUCUCUGCAGCUGAUUCCUGACAGGUCCCCUCACUAUGCCCCUGUCUGGUUAAGUAGAAUGUUUAUAUCUGCCUUUGUAAAAGACCUGGAGUCCUAUCUGUAGUCUGCUGGUCCCUAGAAGGACUGGACUCAUGACCAAGUGCUCUCUCAGAGACCAUGUAGCCCUUUGAUGCCAAGAUGCAGAGGGGUUCUCCAGCCGUGUUCUUACAUGUCCAGAGUGGCAUCGUCCCAGGGGAUCAGCCAACUUCAGGAGGGAGGCUGCCUCUCCAUUGCUGUCAGUGAGGGGCUGAGAGGACCAGCAGGAGGCAUCCUGAGGGUCUGCCCUGGGGACACUGCUUCUCUGGGCCUUUGGACUUUGCUGUAUUCCCAUACCCAAGAAGUCGUCACAGGUCCUGCCUGUUCUCUCCGUUCCUCAGCCUCUCCCCACCUCUCACCUCAGCUCAGAUACCUCUGUUCUUAGUCUCAAGGGGAAGUAACAUCAGGGAGCCCCUCGUCUUCCCCCAGAAGGUCCCCUCCUUCCUGGUACGGUUAAUGCCAUUUUGUCUCACUCCUGGUGCUGAUAACUCUGAAGGUGGGGUACAUCCUGCCGUCAGAGGAGCCCCGCCAGCAGCAGGCCCCUCUGCCUGCACUCCCCAGCCCCGCCCCUCACCGCCUCAGUGAGGUGCUGGUGCCACUAUCCUGGCCCAACUGGGCUGCGUCAGGAAUGCACUUCAGAGGCCCAAAGCUGCUUUUCUGUCCUUGGUGUCCCCUGUGGCAGCAGACUUGAACAGAGAGAGUGCCUUCCUGUUCUCAGAAGAUGAAGAGAAUGUGGCCUCAGAGCUUUGGUCACCCUGGUCUCUGGGCCUUGUUCCUCUUUCAGGAAAGCGAAACCAAAUCCUCAUGAAAACUUGCCACCUCCCAUCGGCAUCCUUGAGCAGGGAUGUUUGUUUUUGUGCAAGUGCUUUUCUGAGAGUCUCUGAGUCUCUGUCCCCCUGACCUCAGUUUGCUCAACCCACCCACCGUGCUGACUCAGGCUGUCUGUCCUGGCAAAUUUUCCCAGAGCAGUCCUCAUUUCUUACCCAGAUUCUUGCUUGCACAGUGGCCUAGGCACAUGGGGCCUUUCUUGUCCUGUCUGGCCUCUGCCCAGCACCCUGUGCUGUUGACCGCGUGAGCCUUGUUACUGGGCACUCCUUGGAGAGGGCCUUGCAGCUUUACACUGGAAUAGGUCUACCUUUGCCCCUCACCUGCUGGGUCUUGGGGGAUCUAACACUCUGGGGAAGCUGCCCAGGGGGCUUGGUAGGCUCCUUAAGGGUCAUGAAACAGCAGGAGCAUGCCUUGGAAGACUUACUCCUUUCCCCAUCUCAAAGGACCUGACAACUGUUGUCUUAGAUCAUGGAUUUCUGAUACCUCCCACUCAGGGGACCCCAAGGAACCCCAGUGUGAACCCAUGUGAGGUGAGUGUGUUGUCACUUUCCAGUCACUGGACGCUGGGCACCAGGACGACCACGGCACUCAGUGCCAUGCUCUCCUCCCUCACCCUCUGCAGGCUGUUCCCAAAAGGCCCUUCAGGAUCUCCCUGGACCAGAGGGGCACUGGCCAGACCAGCAGAUCACUCCCAUGGGUGUUGAGCCCAAUGAUUCAUCAGUCAUCUGCCUUCCUCCACUGCCCUCAUCUUGGUUUUGAGAAACAGCCAGGCUUACCGUAUCAGGCUUUGUUUUUCGUUCGGGGCGUGUUAAAAUUCUGUUUUAAGAGUUUCCUUUUGGUUGUGCCUACCCCAUUUCAGGCUAUUUUUGUUGGUGUCAAAUGUGCACAUGUGUAUGUAUUGUUCAUUUUUAACCCUUUCUGGGGCUUUUUUUUUUUUUUUGAGGCAAGUUGGAAGAUAAUUUCUUUUAUGUAUUUUUUUUCUUUAGCAACUUGUUAUCACUGGAAUCAAAGGGGAAGAGUGAUCUCUGCACCAGUGGUGUUUGUAUGUCACUAAUAAAAGACACUUUCUU